AUGAUGAUCCCCCCAGGGGAGUGCACCUACGCGGGCAGGAAGAGGAGGAAGCCGGCUCAGAAGCAGAGGCCUGCCCUGGGGGCCGAGAAGUCAAACCCUUCCAAGAGGCACCGGGACCGCCUGAAUGCAGAGCUGGACCACCUGGCCAGCCUGCUGCCCUUUCCCCCCGACGUCAUCGCCAAGCUGGAUAAGCUCUCUGUCCUGCGCCUCAGUGUGAGCUACCUGAGGGUGAAGAGCUUCUUCCAAGCCGUGCAGGAGACACACGUGCAGUCGGCCGGGGCCUCCUCACCUGGAGACGGUCCACACAGAGGGUCCCCCGUGCAGGAGGGACGGCUGCUGUUGGAGUCUCUCAAUGGCUUUGCCCUGGUCGUGAGUGCCGACGGGAUGAUCUUCUACGCGUCGCCCACCAUUGUGGACUAUCUGGGCUUCCACCAGACGGAUGUGAUGCACCAAAACAUUUAUGACUACAUCCACGUCGAGGACCGCCACGACUUCUGCCGGCAGCUGCACUGGGCCAUGGACCCCCCCCAGGGGCUCGGCCAGCCCCCGCGCCCAGACACAGAUGACAGUGUUCUGCGGAGGCUGCUCAGGGCCCAGGAAGGAGGCUCCGGCUCUCCCACCGAGUACUCAGCCUUCCUGACCCGGUGCUUCGUCUGCCGAGUGCGCUGCCUGCUGGAUAGCACCUCUGGCUUUCUGAUGAUGCAGUUUCAAGGGAAACUAAAAUUCUUGCUGGGACAGAAGAAGAAGGCACCAUCAGGAAGCAUCCUGCCCCCGCGGCUCUCCCUGUUCUGCACCGUGGCGCCGGUCCUCCUGCCAGCCUUGGCAGAGGUGAAGAUGAAGGGUGCGUUUCUGAGGGCCAAGCACAGGGUGGACACCUCGGCCACAGUGGACCCCAGGGCCCAGGCCACCGCAGCUCUGUGUGGACCAGACCCACGUGCAAAGCCCAGCUUCACUGCAGGAAGCAGCCAUGGUGAAAACUGCGUUCCCCUGUUCAGGUCACAGGUGGACACUGGCCACUGGACCCGGGCUCCCAGCAGGGCCCUGUGCCUGUGCCUCAGGGGUGGCCCUGAACUCAUCCUGGACCCCACAGGGGCUGCAGGCGACGGGGAAGACGCAGAGCAGGAGAGAGUGCUGAGCGGCUGUGCUGCAGGGAGAGGCCGGCGGGAGACACAGGYACACAACUGCUGCUGGGAGACGCCAACACCCAUGAGGCACCCCAGCUGGACGGCAGACAAGCGAGACAAGCCGAAGCCACAGCCCACCAGGAUCGAGCGGCCAUCCAUGCGCGGUGUGUCCCACGUCUCCUGCAUGCCUUACCCAGAAGCCCAGGGCAUGCUCAGUACCAGUGGCACAACCCCCUUCAGAAGUUCACCCCUCUCGCCCCUGCCAGGCUCUCCCCACAGUGCCUACUGCAGCAGGCCCAGCAGACCCCUACGGGACCUCCAGCAGGAACAGGGGCAUCCUCCCUGCCACACCCUGCAGAGUGGUCUGGAGAAGAGGCUCCCUGUGCCCGGAGCACAGUGCUUCCCAGCUGGGGGCUACUCUACUGAGGAUGCCAAGUUGCCUGGCCUGCUGGUGUCCCCAGGGGCCCCACGCAGUCCAGCACUGUUGCUUGAAGUGCCAAUCAAGGUGGAAAAUGACUCUGGGUCUGAGGAAGCAGUGGACAUCUGCACCCCCAGCCAGGUAUGGCUGGGAGCCAGCAACAUGGCCAAGAGACAGCUGGUCACUUUUCCUACCAGGAUGCACCUGAAGACAGAGUUGGACUGCAGGCACCAGAUCCACACCCCGCACCUCGUGCAUGGUGUGGUAGGGGCUCACCCCCACAGCCAGGCCACCACUGAAACCAGCAGGGAACUUGUUCCCUUCUUCCCUUCACCCUGCGCCUGCCUGGAGCCAGAGCCCCCCCUCCACCUCUGCACACCCAGCUGCCCCGAGCACCAGCACCUGGCCCGGGGCUGUGACUGCAGAGCUCCCAGGGCUGCUGCUGUGGUCAAGCGCGAGCCCCUGGACUCGCCCCCCUGGGCUGCUGCUCCCGGCCAGGGAGCCGUGCCCAGGUUGUUUCCCAAAAGCACCUCAGCCUUCCUGCCCUAA